AUGGGGGUGCAAAUGAUAUUUCAGAUCAUUUUGGUAUUGUUUUCAAUUGAUGCAAUAUUUGUACAAGCAGCUGCGGGUUUAGCAAUUAAUGGUUCAUGUGAUGCAAACUGUGGGGGUGUUAACAUCCCAUUUCCUUUUGGAAUAGGAGCUGCAGAUUGCUACGUUGAUGAGUGGUUUGAAGUAGUUUGCAAUAAUAACAAUUCUCGGUUUGGGAGGUCCUCUCCCAUACCUGUUUUGAAGAAGUUCGACUUGGAGGUGCUCAACAUUUCAUUAUUAGAAGGCACAGUUCGCGUCAACUAUCCUACAUUUGUUGCGUGUGCUGAUCAAGGACGUGAUAAUGGUUCAUUAAGCAAAUAUAAUGGUUCAUGGAGCAAAUUAAAUACGGAGUUAGCAACAAGCCCGUUCAUCUUCUCCCAGUCCCAGAACAGAUUCAUCGCCACCGGCUGCGACAACUUUGCCACAAUGGUGUACGUAUUUGGUCCAGAUACUACUGAUAAUGGUUCAUUUAGUAGUGGUUCAGCACUUAGGGCUGGGUGCAUAUCAAUUUGUGACCGUACUUUCAUUGAAUUGGUAAAUGCAAGUAGUUGCAAUGGCAUCAACUGCUGCCAAACCACAAUUCCUCCAUAUCUCGAUGCCUUCAAUACAAGUAUGGAGCCAACAAAUAAAAACGGUUACAAGCACGGAAGAUGCAAGUCUGCAUUCUUGGUAGAAGAAAAGUGGUUCCAAAAAUGUUCAAUUGAUAGUAGCUCCAUUAUGUCGCACGUUCCUGUGGUGUUGGAAUGGAGGAUUCCUAAUACAUCAUUCUACUCACUUCCAAUAUCCUAUAUUAAUGCCUCCACCUCCACCGCUUAUAAUAAUCCGUUCCCAAGCUACAAUUGUUCUAAUAUUACUUACUAUGCUUCUUCUUCUGAUUAUUAUUAUUAUUAUCGUGACUUGAACUUGAGCUUGACAGCUUAUACAUGUUCUUGCGAAAAUGGCUUUGAAGGAAAUCCCUAUCGUCUUGAUGGAUGCCAAGAUAUUAACGAAUGCGAGCUCUCAAAUCCUUGUUUCGGGACUAGUGGGAGUGUCCAGUACUACUGUCAAAAUACUUAUGGGUCUUACAAUUGUUUGACAAGUGGCCCCACCAAGUCUAAUGGAAAAGCGGCCACGAUAGGUAUUUGCAGCAGCGUUGGAUCGAUGGUUCUACUUAUUGGUGGAUGGUGGUCCUACAAAGUGGUAAAGAAAAGGAGGAGGAUUAAACAAAAGAACAAGUUCUUCAAACGAAAUGGUGGUUUAUUGUUACAACAACAAUUAUCUUCACAUGAAGCCAAUGUUGAAAACACCAAAUUGUUUAAUUCAAAAGAUCUGGAGAAGGCCACUGAUCGUUUUAAUGUGAAUAGAAUACUUGGCCAAGGAGGACAAGGCACUGUUUACAAAGGCAUGUUAGCAGAUGGAAGAAUCGUUGCUGUGAAAAAGUCCAAGGUUAUUGACGAAGGAAAACUCGGAGAAUUUAUUAAUGAAGUUGUCAUUCUUUCACAAAUUAACCAUAGGAAUGUGGUUAAGCUGAUUGGUUGUUGUUUGGAGACCGAAGUUCCUCUUCUAGUUUAUGAAUACAUUCCUAACGGAACUCUUUUCCAAUAUGUUAAUGGACAAAUUGAGGAGUUUCCACUAACAUGGGAUAUGCGCUUGCGAAUUGCAACUGAAGUAGCAGAAGCUCUCUUUUACUUACACUCAUUAGCUUCCUCGCCCAUUUAUCAUCGGGAUAUUAAGUCUACAAACAUACUCUUAGAUGAAAAAUACAGGGCUAAAGUAGCUGACUUUGGGACUUCAAGAUCCAUCACAGUUGAUCAAACUCACUUAACAACCCUAGUGCAUGGCACUUUUGGAUACUUGGACCCUGAGUAUUUACAAUCAAGCCAAUUUACAGAAAAGAGUGAUGUUUAUAGUUUCGGCGUUGUCCUUGCUGAGCUAUUAACUGGCGAAAAAGCAAUCUCUUCAACAAGGACGCAAGAAUCCAAAAGUUUAGCCACAUAUUUCAUUCAAUCCGUGGAAGGGAAUAAUUUGUUUGAUGUUCUUGAUAGUCGAGUUUUGAAGGAAGGUAAAAAAGAAGAGAUCAUUGCGGUCGCGAACCUUGCAAAAAGGUGCUUGAACUUAAAUGGGAAGAAAAGACCUACAAUGAAAGAAGUCACAAAGGAGUUGGAGGCGGUUCAAACAUUGCAAAAAGCUCCUAACCUUCAACAAAACUAUGAAGAGCUUGAAUAUGUCCGAGCAGAAAUGUACGAGCCAUGGGAUGCUGCUCCUUCAUCAACAAUGUCAACUUCAUCUGUGGACGCCCAACCAUUAUUACCUUCUCAAUCAGUAUGAAUCAAUAUUUGUUUAAUGUCAUGUUGUAGGCUACAUAAUUUGUUGUGUACUUUGUUUUCUAGUAGUCAUUUCGAGAAUCUUCUAAGAACAUGGAUUAACCAUAUUCAAUUGUCUUAUGAUAGUAUAAG